AUGAAACGAGGAGCUCUUUCGACGAUCGAGGAGAGAACAGAAACUACUUCUGGAGCAACUUCAACGACUUCUAACACUUCGAAUAGCGGUACCAAAAUGGAGACGAAAAUGCAGAUCGCAUGCCGUGCUGCCCAACAGGGAGAGAUUCAAACUGUACGAUUUCUUCUAAAUGGCCAUGUCUCUGCAGAUGAGCUGGAUCAGGAGGGAUGUGGUCUCCUUCAUUGGGCAGCUAUCAAUGAUAAAGUGGAUAUUAUUGAACUUCUUCUUUCCCAUCACGCCAAUGUCAAUCUCAUCGGAGGAAACUUGAAGUCGACACCUCUUCAUUGGGCUUGCUACAAUUCUCAUACGAAAGCUGUCAUUUCUCUAAUCAAAAACGGUGCGAAUCCAACAAUUCGGAAUAUCAACGGAGAAACUCCACUUCAUAUUGCCGCAAAUACUGGAAACUUCACUAAUGUCGCAUAUCUACUCGUAAAAUGUGAACAUAUCAAAGAUUGGAGAGACAACUUGGGUCGAUCUGCUCUCAUGAAUUCCGCUGCCCACAGUUUCGGACUGUUUCCAAUUCGAAUUUUCACAAAAGUAGAUGCAUAUCUAGAUUUCGCGAGUGAUGAUACUGGCGACACGGCUCUCCACACGUCAAUGGCUCGACAGAAUAUGUCAGGAGCUGUCGAAUUGAUUUGUGCUGGAGCAGAUGAGACGAAAAAGAACAAAGAUGGAAAGACGCCGUACGAUAUGGUGAAUGAAAAGUUCGGAAAGCAUGUCAGAGAACACGUGAAAACUAGGAAUAUUCGUGAAAAUGGAACGACUUUUGAGAAGAUGACGUCACGAUGGUUUCUCAUGCAACUUUUCACUGCUUCGAUUACAGGAAUCUUGAUAGUCGGGGGUCUCGGACUCUUCUAUUUGACCAACUUUUGGGUUGUUCUAUCCGCUUUGGUCGUCUCUGUUCCACUGACAUUUUUCUUCCUUCGAAAGAAAGAAAUGGAUCAUUUCGGGUACCUUCCAGUCACUUAUAUCUGUUGGAUGGGAAUGGCUGAACUCGCAUUGUUUCUGAUUCUCACUGAUCCUGGAGUCAUGCCUCGAUCCACCAAUCCAUUCAAAGAUUUCAUAGAGCAAUUGGAAACGAAACAUCUCGAAAGAUAUUGUUUUACGUGUUGGAUUCCGAAGACUUCUUUUUCUCAUCAUUGCUCUCAGUGUGAUAAAUGUGUCGAUGGAUUCGAUCACCACUGUCCGUGGAUUCACAAGUGUGUUUAUCGGAAGAAUCUUCGCUUCUUUGUUCUUUUCUGUCUGACCAACUUUGUAUUCGAUGUCAUCUAUGUUCCAGUUUUGGUCUAUAUGAUUUUCAUUUCUUGGAGUAGUGUUGGGUUUGAGCAAACUUUGAAUGAUCAUGGAAUAAUGGUACUCAGUUUAUUGUUCUCAGUCCCUCAUAUCAUUGGAGCCGGAGCCAUCACUUACACUCAAUUCUCACAGAUCUCUCGUCAUAUCACAACUAUUGAGAUUAUUCGGAACACCAGAGCUAAAAGUAGUUCGGAUAGUGACAAAACCACCAGUGCAACCACCUCUUCUCAUUACAAUCCAUGGGAAAAUCGUCCAAGUAUGAAGGAGAGAAUUCGAAAUAUUUGGAAUCUUCUAGCUUUUGAUCAGUUUGGAGCAGAAGAAGUAUGUGAAACUAAUUCAGAGAUCGUCUCGUUCGAAACUUCUGAGUCGCAUGUCUAA